CUGUCCCGGCACCAGCUGGGCGCGCCGGCCGCGUCCGCACGGUUCCUCCAGCCCCAGCCUCGCAAUGGGGCCCUGGCGAGCCCUGUGGCUCUGGCUCUCCCUGCACAGAGUCCUGUGGGCUCAGACCCCGGUGCCGCUUCCAGUCCAGCCUCAGCUGAGCCAGUUCCACAGCGAGCAGUUCCAGGGUGCUUGGUUCGUCCUCGGCCUGGCAGGCAACGCCUUCAAGAAGCAGGACCGCCCCUUACUGAACCCUUACGCUUCGCUUUUCGAGCUGAGAAGGAACAGCCACUUUGAGGUGUCCAACUCCAUGACGCGGGGCCAGCGCUGUGACUCCUGGUCUUACCUGCUGAUGCCCACAUCCCAGCCAGCAUGGUUCACCAUCGCCCACGGAGGGCCUGGCACCGACACGGAGCAGGUCCAGGUGGUGGACACUAACUACACCAGCUUUGCCCUCCUGCUGUCCCGCAGACAGGCGGCUGGCCAUCCUGUCAUCAGGGUCAGCCUGCUGGGCAGGACCUGGACGCUGCCCCCUGGGACGCCGGACAAGUUCAUCUGCCUGUGCAAAGCACAGGGCCUCACGAGGGACAACGUCGCAUUCUUGGCCAUGGGCAGAGGCAGAGGUCAAGGACAGUGGUCAUGGCAAACACAAUGUGGCUCUGUGACAGCCCCGCAGUGGCCAUAGGGAGCAGCCCCACCAGAGGGUGCUCAGUGAAUGGGGAGCUGCUGGCCACAACAGAGGGCGCUGCACCCCACCGUUUGUGCCACAUCUGGUCCCCACCAUCUCUUCCCCUCCCAGGUCCCCUAUGUAAUUGUUGUCCACACACACAGGGUCCCCCAGCCCCUGCCCAAGCCACCACGG